UCCGCCCCCGCCCCGCGGACCCCCGCGGCCGCGGAGUGACCCGCACGUCUGCGGCCAGGCCGGCGCGGCGUGGGGCUGACGUCAGAACCGCCGCCGCUUAAAGCCGCGCACAUCUCACUUGACGGUUCCGGCGACUGGUCUUUUUUCCCCCCUUCCUUUUUUGCAAAAUAUGUAUUUGUGUCGCCGCUGCGAGGCCGCUCGGUCCCAGAGUCCCCUGGAGGCCCCGGGGCGCGCGGCUCCGAGGCUGGCCGCGGCGCGCCUCCUCCCGCGGUCGGAGAAUCGGGCCAGGCCUGCUCACCCGCCACUCUGCUCCCCCACUAACCCGCUUCGCCCUCCCAGCGCCUAGGAGCCCGCGGCCCCGGAGCAGUGGCGGCGCCACGCCCGCCCCCGCGUGCAGGACCCCGCCGGCCCCGCCCGCCGGCCCCGGGCCGUGCCAGCCAUGUCCUACCCGCAGUUCGGGUACCCCUACUCCUCGGCACCCCAGUUCCUGAUGACCACCAACUCCCUGAGCGCCUGCUGUGAGUCCGGGGGCCGCACUCUGGCCGAGUCGGGGCCCGCCGCCCCGGCGCAGGCGCCGGUCUACUGCCCGGUGUACGAGAGCCGGCUGCUGGCCACGGCGCGCCACGAGCUCAGCUCGGCCGCGGCGCUCGGCGUCUACGGGGGACCCUACGCGGGCUCGCAGGGCUACGGCAACUACGUGACCUACGGCUCCGAGGCGUCGGCCUUCUACUCGCUGAACAGCUUCGAAUCCAAGGAUGGGACCGGGUCUGCGCAUGCGAGUCUCGCGCCCGCCGCGGCCGCCGCCUACUACCCCUACGAGCCAGCGCUGGGCCAGUACCCGUAUGACAGGUACGGGACCAUGGACAGCGGCACGCGGCGGAAGAACGCCACGCGGGAGACCACCAGCACGCUGAAGGCCUGGCUGCAGGAGCACCGCAAGAACCCCUACCCCACCAAGGGCGAGAAGAUCAUGCUGGCCAUCAUCACCAAGAUGACCCUCACGCAGGUCUCCACCUGGUUCGCCAACGCGCGCCGGCGCCUCAAGAAGGAGAACAAGAUGACGUGGCCACCACGCAACAAGUGUGCCGAGGAGAAGCGGCCUUACGGGGAAGGCGAGGAGGAGGAGGGGGGCGAGGAGGAGGCCCGGGAGGAGCCCCUGAGGAUCGCCAAGGGCGAAGGGUCUGUGGGCAAAGAAGAGAAGGAUCUGGAGCUCAGUGACCUAGAGGACUUUGACCCGCUGGAGGCCGAACCCCCGGAGUGCGAGCUGAAGCCGCCUUUCCAGCCCCUGGACCGUGGCCCUGAGCGCGUCCCCGCGACGCCUGACCGCGGCAGCGCCCCGGGCAAGGAGACUUCGGGCGCGCUCCGGCUGCCCCUGGCGGCGGGCGGCGGGGCCGCGCUGGAGCAGGACCUGGACCGGGCCCGGAGCUGUCUCCGGAGCACGGCGGCCGGGCCUGAACAGCAACCGGGUGCAGGGGGCGGCCCCCAGGCCUGCGAGGCCAAGCUGGGCUUCGUGUCUGCCGGGGCGCCCCCGGGCCUGGAGGCCAAGCCGCGCAUCUGGUCCCUGGCGCACACGGCCACCGCGGCCGCCGCCACGGCCCUGAGCCAGACUGAGUUCCCUUCGUGCAUGCUCAAGCGCCACGGCCCCGCCGCCCCCGCGGCCGCCGCGUCCUCGCCCGUGACCACGGCCGCCGCCGGGGCGCUGGAGCGGCAGCAGGACUCCCCAGUCACCAGUCUGAGAAACUGGGUGGACGGAGUCUUCCACGACCCCAUCCUCAGGCACAGCACUUUGAACCAGGCCUGGGCCAGCGCCAAGAACGCGCUCCUGGACCCGGGGCCCUUGGGUCGCUCGAUGGGUGCGGGCGCGAACGUGCUGACCACGCCCCUGGCGCGCGCCUUUCCGCCCGGCGCGCCCCACGACGUGCCCGGCCCCGGCGGCUCCAAGGAGCUGCUGGCGCUGCCCAAGGCCGGCGGGAAACCCUUCUGCGCCUGAGCGGGCCGGGCCAGGGCUGAGGAGUCGGGGGCGCUCGGGCCCGGGCGCGCACACGCUCCCCGCGCCCAGCUCCCCGAGGACGCACGACGGAGCGGGCUCUGGAGGCGCCCCGCAAGCCCGGAGGGCGGGCUCGGCUCUCAUUUUCCCGGGGCCCCCUGAACAGGCCUCAGGGCCACCAGCACGGCCCGACCGGUCCACGGGAAGUGGGCCUGAAAUAGGACCCGGCCAGGCGGCGCUGACCGGGAGCUGCAGGAGGGGCUCGACGCGCCAAGUUUACGUCCCAAAGUUUACAAGGAAGGCGCGUGCGCCGCGCGCUCCGGCGGGUCCGAGGCAUGCCGCGUUUCCGUGAGACCCGCCGUCCCGUCUCCUCUGCACCCGACUCUCACCGACAGCUUCCCCGCGAGCUCACACGAAUGCACACGUAACGCGAUACAAUUGUUUUUCUAAUGUCUGCGCGCUGGCAACUGCCUGCUUCAAGGCUAAUA